AUGUCAGUGAAAAAGGACACUUUAACUUAUUACGAUCGUGUAAUAGUUACACUCCAGUCUGGCUUUUCAAACGACGAAGACAAAGAGCUAUUUUUGAACAAUGUUUUGGAACAGUUUUCUCAAGAAGCAAGUGAAGUGUGUAAAGACUAUUCUAUAAGUGUUUGUUUAGAAGAAUUAUUACGCCAAUGUUCACAACAUCAUCUGGUUUUAUUCUUUUCCCAUAUCUCCAACUCUUUGUCCACCUUGAUUCAACAUAAAAUAGCUAGUCAUGUGGUUCAACAGCUUCUAACAAGACUUACUGCCUUGUUGGCAGAUACAACGGAAGAUCAAAUUGAAACAAUUAUGGAUAAUAAUAAUGAUGAAGAUGAUGGCAGUAGUGACAAUGAUGAUGAUGAUGAUGAUGAUGACACAAAGAACUGUAAAGUGAUCAAGAUAUUUUUAGGGUUAUGUAAAUACUGUUUAAAGAAUAUGAAAGUCUGUUUUGAGAAUCAGUAUUGUUGUCAGGUAUUAAGAACUAUGUUAGAGAUCAUCGGUGGUGUAGACAAAUAUCAUUGUGUAGAACGAAGAAAACUUCACAAACAAAAGAAAGGAAAAGGCAAGAGCGAAGUAAGUGAAGUGAAUAUUGAAGUACCAUUAUCAACAAGAAUGAAGUUAAAAAGAUUAUAUAAAGCAGUUACAUGUAAAAUUACUAGCAAAAUAUAUAAACAUUUUAAAAAUAUGACUUAUAUUAGUAAUCAUAUAAAUUUAUUGCUGCAAACAUCAUUGAAGAUAGAAUAUGAUUUGGAUCCAGCUUUAUGUAAUAAACAUUGUCGUAAACUAGCUGUUGUGUUAGGUUUAGAUGAACCUAUAUCUGAAGAUAGCUUACCAACAAUGUUUGAAAAUACAGAUCAACAAUUUCUGUUUGAAACUAUUAUUCAAUGUGCUGGGGAUGAGUUAUCUGAAGAAAUAUAUAAGAAAUUAUUUCAACAUAGAUUACUUAAGUUUGCUCUUCAUAAAAGGGCUAAUUACAGCCUCAAGGCUAUGAUUAAUUGUAUCAAACAGGAACAAUUUAUAGAUUUAUAUGAUGAAAUAGAAAUGAAUUUAGAAGAGAUAGUUAAUAAGAAUCCAAUGUUUAAUAUCUGUGAUAUAUUAGCUACAGGAUGUUUACAGUUUCGAUGUAGUCAAGCUCGCUUUAUAAAGCAAUUAACCAACAUCUUACAUUGUUCUGUACCAGAGGAAAGGAAAAUAAUGCUAGUACCUUUAAUAAUAAAAUGGCAGAAUUAUGAAGAGUUUUUUAGUAUUCAAAAUGAAGAGGAUGCUGAAGAAAGAAUAUGUAUAGAUUCUGUACCAUUAGAUUGUGUUUCUAAAAAUGGUUCCUUUCUUUUACAAAAACUCUUUAAAUUCGGCAGUAAUAAAAUGAUCAUAGAUAGUUUGUUAAACAUUGAAACAGAAGAUUUGUGUCGCCUAGCAACCAGUAAAUUAGGAGGUUUUGUUAUUCAGGCGUUUUGUGAAAGCAGUACAAAUUCUCAGAAAGUUUGUGAUGCCUUCUGUGAUAAGUUUAAGGGUAGCUUAGCUAAGAUAGCUUGUGAUCAGUGGGGAAGUAGAGCUAUAGAAGAUAUAUAUAAAUGUGUCUCUACCAAUAUGAAGUAUACCAUGGCAGAAGAAUUAUCUUACUUCUUAAGAAGAUUACAGAAUGAUAUUUAUGGACAUUUUGUGUGUCGAAAAUUGGCUUUAUAUCACUUUCUACAUCGUCGAAGUGAUUGGCAAGCUAUACAGAAUAAUGACAGUCGUAAACGAAAGUUAUUUAAAGAUAUCAUUGGUGAUAUGGUUAUACCAGAAGAGAAGAAAGAGAUAUCAAACUCCAUUGAGGAUGACAGUGAUAGUGAUACACAGGUAUUCAGUCUUUUUUAAACCUUGUUGAUACCUACUUAGAUCCGAGUUUUGACAUAGUUAG